AUGGAUUCCAACUGGGGUUUCUCUUCCAAUUCUGAAUUAGAAGACCAAUGGGAGGAGCGGAGACGCCAACUAACGGAGAAGAAUGAAGAAGAUGAUACCCAGAGGAGCAAAAACGACCUUAUGGUGGCAACCACCGCAUCCUGGGUGUGUGAGGAAAUUUCCCAACAACCCUUGUGGGGUGGCUCUGUUGUUAGUCGUGUUUCCAAACCCCGACAACGAGAGACUGUACACCAAACACUAAUGAAUAACUAA